AUGUCUAGUGAAGUUGCUCCAUAUGCACCGAGGAGGAUCCUUAUAACAGGUGCAGCAGGUUUCAUUGCAUCUCAUGUGACCAGUCGCUUGAUUAAAAACUACCCUGAUUACAAGAUUAUAGCCCUUGAUAAGCUUGACUACUGCUCCAACCUCAAGAAUCUCCAUCAAUGUCGUUCCUCCCCAAAUUUCAAGUUUGUUAAGGGAGACAUUGCUAGUGCUGAUCUUGUUAACUAUCUUUUGGUUGCCGAAGAUAUUGACACGAUCAUGCACUUUGCUGCACAAACCCAUGUUGAUAAUUCUUUUGGCAACUCUUUUGAGUUCACCAAUAAUAACAUUUAUGGUACCCAUGUUCUUCUUGAAGCCUGUAAAGUAACUCAACGAAUCAAGAGGUUCAUUCAUGUUAGCACAGAUGAGGUGUAUGGUGAAACAGAUAUGGAGACCGACAUUGGUAAUCCAGAGGCUUCCCAGUUAUUGCCUACAAAUCCUUAUUCGGCCACCAAAGCAGGAGCUGAGAUGUUGGUGAUGGCUUAUCAUAGAUCUUAUGGGUUACCAACGAUCACUACUCGUGGCAAUAAUGUUUAUGGCCCUACAUACCCAGAAAAGCUUAUCCCUAAGUUCAUUUUGCUAGCUAUGAGGGGAGAAAAAUUGCCAAUUCAUGGAGAUGGAUCAAAUGUAAGAAGCUAUCUUUAUUCAGAAGAUGUAGCAGAGGCAUUCGAUGUAGUUCUUCAUAAAGGGGCAAUCGGUCAUGUUUACAACAUUGGCACUAAAAAAGAGAGGAGCGUGUUGGAUGUGGCAGGGGAUAUUUGUAAACUGUUUAGAUUGAAUCCUCAAGAAGUUAUAAAGUUUGUCCAUGAUAGGCCUUUUAAUGACCAUAGGUAUUUUUUAGAUGAUCAGAAACUUAAAAAGCUUGGGUGGAAGGAGCAGACAGCUUGGGCUGAUGGGUUAAAGAUGACAAUGGAGUGGUACACUAGGAAUCCUUAUUAUUGGGGUGAUGUCUCUGCUGCACUUAGACCACACCCAUGUGUCUCAAGUCUUUCUCUUUGUGAUGAUGAUUUCUUAUACUACUGUAAUGAGUUAAACAAUGAAUUGGUUAGUGGAUUAGGAGUCAAAUUCUUGAUAUAUGGGAGAACUGGUUGGAUUGGAGGGUUACUUGGGAAGCUAUGCAAGGAAAUGGGAAUCAUAUUCGAGUAUGGAAAAGGAAGAUUGGAGGACAGGAAGUCACUCAUAGAAGAUAUAAACCGGGUACAACCAAGUCAUGUGUUCAAUACUGCUGGUGUCACAGGCAGACCUAAUGUUGAUUGGUGUGAAUCUCACAAGCCAGAAACCAUUAAGAGCAAUGUAGUGGGUACCUUAACCUUAGCUGAUGUUUGCAAAGAUCAUAAUCUAUUAGUCAUGAACUUUGCAACCGGCUGCAUUUUCGAGUACGAUCAAAGUCAUCCUCAAGGUUCAGGUAUAGGAUUCAAGGAGGAAAACAAACCAAACUUCACAGGAUCUUUCUAUUCCAAGACAAAAGCCAUGGUUGAAGAGCUGCUAAGAGAAUAUGAUAAUGUAUGCACUUUAAGAGUAAGAAUGCCAAUCUCAUCAGACCUUAAUAACCCUAGAAACUUCAUAACCAAGAUCACUCGCUAUAGCAAAGUGGUGAACAUACCCAAUAGCAUGACAGUGCUAGAUGAGCUACUACCAAUCUCUAUUGAGAUGGCAAAGAGGAAUUACAAAGGGAUAUGGAAUUUCACAAAUCCUGGAGCCAUAAGCCACAAUGAGAUCUUAAAAAUGUAUAGAGAUUAUGUAGAUCCUAAAUUCAGCUGGACCAAUUUUAAUCUUGAAGAACAGGCUAAAGUGAUUAUAGCACCAAGGAGUAACAACGAGAUGGAUGCUACAAAGCUAAAGAAAGAGUUUCCUGAUUUGUUAUCAAUCAAAGAUUCAAUCAUCAAGUAUGUCUUUGAGCCAAACAAAAACAAGAUGUGA